AUGGCGACAAACUUUGACAUGAACAACAUGACCGUUGAACAACUUAUGGCACUUAGUGAGAUACUUAAUGACAGCGAUUAUGAGGAAAAUUUCGAGGAUGAAGUGGAAAAAAUAUCUAAGGAUAAGUUCUAUCGAGUUGCACCUAAGGAUAAGGGUAAAGAUCCCUUUGAAGGACAAAGACUAUUCAUAGAUGAAGGUGACCGUUCUACUGACCCAAAAAGACCAAGGAGGCGUCCACUGAAUGAGAAGGGUGAGAGAGGUAUAAUGCCAACAUGGAAAUAUUCCGUGAGACAGAAGGCAAAGGCUUUACUAGUCGAGGAGGCAUACCAGAGCUUACUUAGUAGAGGAGUUGAAGGUCUACCACCAACAAUGGGAGGUAGAUGGAGAACGGAUGAUCCCCAGGUAAAUGCGGAAAUGAAGAGGUUAGAGAACAUUAGGAAUCCAAAGCGUCCCAGAGGCAGACCACCAAAGGCUAAGACUGACAGCGCUGUUAGGGCUACCCGAGGAAGACCACCAAAGGUUAAGUCUAACGCUGAGCUUGUGAUUCCAAAGAAACGUGGAAGACCACCAAAGGUUAAGGCUACCGAAACACAAAAACCUAAGGUUAGAAGACAGACUGUUGCGGAGAGAUUCAUAAGUCAAAACCGAAUAAAACUCUCAGUUCCCGCGGAUAGCGUAAUAACUCAGGUGGGACCAAGUAAGUUCACGGUGACUGUGGAUCUUAGCAGAAAACCAACAAGGAAAGCUCCUGAGGUGCCAAAGGGUGUAGCUUCAUGGAAACCUACUCCUAAGCCUAGAACCGUAGUCCCUAAGGAAAGACCAGUUCCUAAACCUAGAACCAAAAUUCUAAGGGAAAGACCAGUUCCUAAACCUAGAACAAAAAAGCCAGCACCUCCUCCAAAGUUAAGAAAGCCUGUGAAGGUAAUGAAGGAAGUUGUGGAACAGCCUGCAGUGGUAACACCAGAGCAGCAUGAAAUUGAUCCAUUCGGAACAUAUCUUGAAAAGCCGUCCUAUAGGAAGAUAGAAACUGCCGCAAAUGGAGCAGCUGUGACUUACUCAAUAACUCCAAAUUAUAUGGAUCCACUGGACCAGAUGACAGCAAGUAGGCAGGUGGUGAGGGGAGUGUUAGUGAACGAGUUGAAGAGAAUGGGAGGGUUGAAAUAUACGGAAACCAUCAAGGUAAGAAUGUCGAAGGAAAUUGGAAAUGACAAAACAAAGAAGGAUUCAAUAUACUUCAAGUCGAAAACUGGAACCGCGACCAACUUCGAGGAUAUCGAAAGCACUGCAGCCCAAAACCAACUGACAAUCUUAUCCAGAAUUGAAACCUUCCAGAACUUAGGUUCAAAUUGGAUUAUCCUAAAUAUUGAAAGCCACUACAUUAAUAUUGCAAUGUACAAACCUCUAAAGGGUAGUUCAUAUAUGAAAUUACCCGCAGACAUUAGCAAUCCAAAAUGUGGUUUAAUUAACAUGAAAAACAACGACGAGAAAUGUUUUAUGUGGAGUCAUGUGAGACAUGUAAGACCAAAGGCUAGGAGAGCAACCACCAUAACAAAGCAAGAUAGAGAGUUCGCGGAAAACCUAGAUUAUGAGGGAAUAGACUUCCCCGUGAAAAUAAGCGAUAUUGAUAAAAUUGAGAGGAAGAACUCAAUAAGCAUAUCGGUGUUCGGCUAUAAGGGUAAGAGGCAGUUCUAUCCAGUUAGAAACUCUAAGACCAAAUAUGACGAACAUAUGGAGCUGCUGCUGUUAGGUGACAAUGAAGGUGGUAACCACUACGUUCUAAUAAAGGAUGUAAAUAGAAUGCUCUUCAGUGUUAGCGGAAACUCGAACAAGAAACACUUCUGUUUACAUUGCCUCCAUAGUUGCGUCAGCGAAGAAUCAUUGAAGAAACAUAAGGAGACGUGUCUUCAGGUAAAUGGAACUCAGGCCACAAAGCUUCCAAGUGAAGGUUCAAAAAUAAAGUUCGGACACUACAGGAACUCAAUGCCUGCACCCUUUGUGAUCUAUGCUGACUUUGAGUCCAUGCUAGUUCCUGAGGAAAGAAAAGUUGACCCUGAAGACACUGAGGAGAAGAGUACAACAGAACUUUACCAAACACACAAAGCUUGUAGUUUCGGGUUGAAAACAGUGUGUCAUUAUGAUGAUCAGUACUCCGGUGAAUAUGUAAGCUACGUUGGUGAAGACGCUACAAAAGUCUUCUUGAAGACAGUUCUAAAGGAAUCCAUCAAGUGCCGAGAAAUGGUGAACAAAAUCUUUAAGAAAAAGAUGGUAAUUACACCAGAGCAAGAAGCUGAGUUCUGGAUGACAAGGAACUGCUCCAUAUGUGGUAACGACUUAGGUGAUGACAGAGUGAGAGACCACGAUCAUGUAACUGGACUGUUCCGUGGAGCUGCCCAUAAUAUGUGCAACCUAAAAUAUAGAAUUACAUGGAAAGUUCCAGUGGUCUUCCACAAUCUAAGAGGUUAUGAUAGUCAUCUGAUAAUGCAGGAGAUUGGUAAGUUCAAGAUGAACAUUAACGUUAUCCCAAAUAACAUGGAAAAAAAGAUUUCCUUCUCGUUAGGUAAAAGUCUUGUGUUUAUUGACUCAAUACAAUUCAUGGCUUCUUCCCUGGAGGCACUUGUGAGUAACCUUUCACCUUAAGACUUCAAGAUAGUCGGUCAGCGGUGGCAAGGUGAGGACUUCAAUAUUGUGAGACAAAAAGGUAUAUUUCCAUAUGAAUACUUAGAUGACAUAAGUAAACUUAACACUGAGGGGCUUCCAAGUAAAGACAAAUUCUACUCAUCUCUAUACGAGUCUGAAGUAAAAGAAGAAGAUUACCAGAGAGCUCUAAAAGUUUGGGAUCACUUUAAGAUGAAAACAAUGAGGGACUACCAUGAUCUCUACCUGGAGACUGACGUUCUUCUUCUAGCAGAUGUUUUCGAGAAUUUCAGGAAGACCUGUUUGGAAAAUUACAAGCUUGACCCUGCUCACUACAUCUCAGCACCAAGUCUAAGUUGGGAUGCUUUCCUAAAACAGUCAGGAGAGGAAAUAGAAUUGGUAAGCGAUAUGGAUAUGUUCCAGUUCUUUGAGAAGGGAAUGAGAGGUGAGGUAAGUCACAUUGCUCAUAGACACUCUACAGCAAAUAAUAAGUACAUGGAAACGUACGACGAAGAGGCUGAAAACAAGUUCCUUAUGUACCUCGAUGCCAACAAUUUAUAUGGCUGGGCAAUGUCUCAACCUCUUCCAAAUGGAGAGUUUGAGUGGGUUGAGGAAGUUGAUAAAAUAAAUCUUGAUGACUACUUAGGAGACAGUGGAAGGGGUAUGGUUCUUGAGGUUGAUAUGGAAUAUCCAGCAGAACUUCAUGAUAUACAUAAUGGUUAUCCUCUAGCUCCAGAAAGUAAGGAGAUUGAUGUGUCAAUGUUAUCAGACUAUGCUAAGGAUAUUGCCGAUAAGUUCCAGCUUACAAUUGGAGGUGUACGAAAACUUGUGAACUCCUUGGGUCCCAGAAAGAAUUACGUUCUACAUGUCAGGAAUCUGAAACUCUACAUGGAACUAGGAAUGAAACUCACAAAGGUUCAUAGAGCAGUCUCCUUCAAGCAGUCAACUUGGUUGAAAAACUAUAUUGACUUCAAUACUCAAAAACGAUCAGUCGCUAAAAAUGCGUUUGAAAAAAACUUCUUCAAGCUCAUGAAUAAUUCCAUCUACGGAAAGACUAUGGAAAACUUGAGAAAGAGAGUUGACGUGAAAUUAGUGUCAUCCGAGAACGACCUCCUUAAACUUACAGCGUCUCCAUGCUUCCAAUCACAUAGAAUUAUGAAUGAGAGCUUGAUUGUGGUAAAGAGAAUGAAGGAAGUGUUAACUCUGAAUAAACCGUGCUAUGUGGGAAUGAGUAUAUUGGACUUGUCUAAAACUCUAAUGUACGACUUCCAUUACAACACAAUUAAGAAGGAGUACGGUAACAAGUCGAAGCUCCUCUUCACGGACACCGAUAGUCUAAUGUACGAGAUCAAAACUGAUGACGUGUAUGAGGACUUCAAGAGGAUCGGUGAGGAGAAGGAUUGUUGGGAUAAUUCAGACUAUCUAAAAGAUUCUCCAUAUUACUCAGCCCAUAACAAAAAGGUUAUUGGGAAGUUCAAGGAUGAAGCUGAAGGAGUACCAGUGAUUGAAUUCGUGGGGCUAAGGUCAAAGAUGUACUCUUAUGUAAAGGAGAGUGGUGGAGGUGGAAUGACAGCUAAAGGUGUAAAAAAGUACGUGAUCAGAAACAAACUCACUCACGAAAACUUUAAGAACGUAAUUAAGACUAAAGGUAGGAUGAGACAUAAUAUGAACACAAUCAGAAGCAUCAAACAUAAGAUUGGAACUUACCAGCUAAAGAAAAUUACACUCAGCUGUUUUGAUGAUAAAAGAUACCUACUUAAAGAUGGUGUUACAAGUUACGCAUAUGGACAUCACUCAAUAGGUGAUAUGAAGGCUGAGGUGGUAAUUGAAGAAAAAGUGGAACCAAGCUGCGUACUAAUAGGAGUAAUACCUAAAAGUGAAUACUACACCCUCGGUAAAGCUAAACGUGUGGGAAUGGAAUUAGUCUUAUACAGCAGACCUCAGUUGGAUGAGGAGUUCCCCGAACCUAGUGCUAAACAUGUAAGGUUCAAACCACCAGAGCCCUGGUUACGUGAAAUUAAUAAUGACUCUGAAGUAAUGGAAUGGAUACGUCCACAUUACGAUGAAUCAUACAACUCAAACAAUUCAAUGGGUUUCCAUAAUGAAUCGGAUAAUAUAAAAGCUAUGAUGAAAGAUAUCAGGAUAAAUAAGCCUGAUCCAAAGAAAGCCAAACCGAAGAAGCCAUUGAAAACUAAAAAGCAUCGUGCAAAACCACAGUGGAAAAUUGGUGGAAAAAAGUUACUAAAGAAAGAGGUGACUGUUGAGGUAAAACCAAAAGAACCAUACAUUCCUAGGUCAGAGUACAAAGUGGUGAUUCCCCUGAAAUGACACAAGUUCAAGAAACUAUUACCGCUAAGGGUAGUUGUAACCGAUGAGAAUCAUAUGAGGAAAAACUAUGACAUACUACCACAAGAUGAAAAAAAAUACUUGAGAAUGGUGGUGGGCGAGAAAGCGAAGUCGUUGGGGGUUCAGGCAAUCAUAACCCCUGGAAGUGAUAAGUUGAUUGAGAUUGGAUUUUGAGUAAAUUGUUAACUAGGAAGUUUGAAAUUGGAUUGGAAGUUGAAAUGAAAACAGAAGAUCGGAGGGUUCUUCGAAGAUGGUCUAGAAAAUCUGGACGAGAAUACUGCAGGAUUCUUGAUGAUUUAAGGCUGAAAUUAAAAAAGAGAUGACCGCGACGAAACCGAUUAGUGGUCUAGAACCCUCAUUCCCUAUACUACUUAUGCUUAUGUGGUCAACUAUUAUGGGAACAAUCUUAUGCCAGUUUGCCAUGUUUUAAUUUAGACAACUUUGUUUGUGAAAAACAAGUUAUGACCUUUUGUUAAGAACCUAGAAAUAAUCCAUUAAUUUUUAAUCUCUUGUAACUAUGUUACACUUCUUAACAUUUAAUUUAAUACAUAUUCUUUUUUGUUGAGGGUCGAUGGUGGGAGGUCAAGGGUUCAAUGUCGAGGAUCAAGAUGCAAAAUGAAAUGUAAUGCUGAUUACUUGAGAAUACAAUAAGAUUAAAUUAUUGAGCAUCCAGUGAAUGGAAUUGCGGUCAUUUCACUAACGGUCAAUUUGCCAACGUCCCGAGUCAAUUCGCCAACGUCUCAGAUCGAUUCGCCGACAUAUAUAAGACAUAGAUAUAAACUGUAUGGCACUUAUGGAAAGCAGGUAUUUUUUAUUUUUAUAUAAUUAUUUCUAUCUGUAGAGCCAACUGUAAUUUUUAGUUUGUAAAAUGUAAUUACUAAUUAGUUAAGUGUACCAUAUAUGUAAAUCCUGAUAAGUUCACAAGCAUGGGAAAUCGUCUAUUCUUUUCUAUUCUAAUGUAUUCUGUACAGCACAAAUACUGUUAUCUUACUAGCCAGGAAUUAUCUUUGAACCACAUGUAUAGAUUUAUUUCAUCACAGGGAGGUCGGUUUUUAUUUCAUCACAGGCAGCCUGAUUUCUUGGUAAGUCAAAUACAAAAUAAAUACAAAAUUUAUUUACUCGUAUUUAUAUACAAAAUUUAUAUGUCUACAUAAUGGAGCUUUAAUAUAGAAUAUUAUAUUUACAUACAGUGUAACCACUGCAUGAUCAUAUAAGAUCACUCGCAAGGUGUCCAUGUCUAUGUGAAAGGAUGUAUACGGAAAUGGUAAUUAGUUCCUUCAACUAUGUGAGCAACUGUGUAGAUCACUGUAUUUUAUAUAUGUGAGAAUCAUAAGCCAGGCUUAUAUACAGAGUGUUUCAAAAAACUAUAAAAUUUGAUUUACAGUCAAAAUCAGAUUACUUUUCUCUGCACAUGGUUGCAAAUUUCGAUUUUACUGGUUUUACUGUAUUUAGUAGUCUCAAUCAGAGGCUUUGUUUAGAAACCUGUUUGUGAAGUUUGGAACAAACUUUGACAUUUUAUUCUCGUUGUUUGUCAUCAUGCACAUUCAAAAUUUUUGGCUUGAAUUCCCAAGUAUGUACAAAAAUAAAACAACAAAUAUGUAUAUUGCAGUACAAUACUUUUAAACUUAUUGUAUAUUUAACUUAGGAAGCGUUGGUAUAUACGGGGAUUUUUAUGUGCGUCUGUAGACCUUUGGAAUCAUAUAAACAUGAAGCAGAGUAUUAAGGCUAUAGUCUAUUUAGAGUAAUUAGGUAGAGUAAUAUACUGUAAUCCAUUUCUUGUGAUAGAAAACUACAAUCCUGGACAAAAGUGUUGGGACACUCAACCUUUUCCACCCUUGAAUUCUAAAGACAACGCUCCCAUGCCCUCCCCCACCCAAAUUCAAUGUUGAAAGUUCUUACAAUUUUAGUUAAGGAUGCCCCCAAAAUUAACAUUGAACGGGGGAGGGGUGGGGGGUUCGGUUCAAAAGCAUAUUUUUUCCGUUAAAUCUGCUUUCCCUGAAGAGAACAAUAACAUGCGAAAAUUUUGGGUUGUCCCAAGGACUUUUGGCCAGGAUUUUAGGUAGGAGAUGGCAGAUUUUUUAUCACAUUUCUACAAUGUACAAUUAGAUUUUAUUGGAUGAGUCGAUAUUUUUCUCACUGUUUAAAGUGCUGUCAAAAGAACAGGUGGGAAAUUUGUCUGAGCAUGUGUGAGCAAAAUUAGUCACACAAUUGAGUGGAAUACACGCAACACAUGUUUACAAAAAGGCAUAAUCAUGUAAAUAUUGCCAAAUGUUUGUACAAAAUAAAUUACUGUUUUAUGGACAUGGUCUAAAUUAAUCGUACAGAAUUUUUUAGUGACGUUCUAUUUCAGUACCCUGUCAUUGUCUCUGGUGGGCUGUCCAUGUGCAUUCGAUCUGAAACAGUUGCUAGCAACUUUGCUGUUGAAAUAUUUCGAAUGUUUACAUGAAAAUAGAGGGUAAGUCAUGCAUGUUACAAUCUCGUAAACUGUAUGAGCCCCUAUUUUUUCGCUUACACCCAAGAUAUCAAAAUAAACAUACAUGAAACAGAGAACAUUUUUAGAAAGUUUUAUCGUGAGGCCCACGGCCAGUUUUUUAAAUAUCUUUAUUUCUGUUCCGGUCAUCACCAAAAGUACACUAAAGCCGGGCUUGAAUAUACAACAAAUUUUGAAUCUCAUCAAGUACAAAUAUAUUUAACGUGUAACCAAAAUAUGCUCAUGAAAUCGAAAUUAAUAGCUAAAUUUUAAAAGCUAAAAGCUAAAAUGAAUAGCUAAAUUUUCUCGAGCCAGUUUUCAAGAAGGAAGUUCACAUUUCGGCCUUUGAUUCUUGGCAAAAAUUUGACCACAACAUGUGCGAAGCAACUGGGUCUCCAAAGACUCAGCUAAAACAUUGUGAGCCCCUAUUUUCCUGACGAUAUGUUUGAUACCUACAAAUGUCAAAAAGUUGGGUUUUUUUUCCAUUUAUUUAGCUAUAUUUGAAAUUGAGGACAGAGGCUAUUUUUGAGAAAAUACAGUUCAAAGUCAAGAUAUUUUUACAUAUUUUCAAAAUUUGUCAAAUUUUGCAAGCUUGUAUUUUGAAGUUAGACAGCUGAAGUUACAUUAAGAAACAUAGGAUGGAAAAUUUGAGGCAUAUAAAGUUAAUUUCAACUUUCAUUUCAUUCUCAUAUCACAUCUUUCUUCGUUUAUUACGGUUUUAAACAAGCCACAGAUCGACGUAUACGGUAUUUACUCCCAUGUUCACGUCGCCAUAUUGACUUCUUCCAAUCACUCGAUUACAAAACAGAUCAUCCCAAAACAAAGAAUUCAUAGUCGACUUUUACAAGAAUGACUGUUAAUUUGUAAAUCGGUGAAUGGAAAGCAAAAAAUCAUCAGCUAAAACAGCUUCUUGCUAACUUUCUGCUUUGUUUUGAAUGUAAAUGCAAUGAGCUUUGUUUCUGCCCGCAAUUUUUGGUCAGCAACGACAAAUUUCCCACCUGUUUGUCAAAAGUGAAAAUAUUCUUUUAAUGAAAAUAGAAAGUCCCUAUAGCCUUCCACCAUAUAAAUUAUGAACGCAGCCUAACUUAUCUUUAAGUUUCAUUAGGCAUGGGCUGGUCCAUUAAUAUAUGAGAGCAAAAUCGUAAUAUAGUUCCUCAAUAGUCUUCUUACCAUUCUCAUACAGUUCCCAUUGUUGGAAGAGUUUUUCUUGCUGAUUCCUGUAUGUCUUCUGUUGGACCUUUUCAGCUUAACAGGUGGGAAAUUUGUCGUCACCAAAAAUUUAAUACAUUCAAAACAAAGCAGAAAGUUAGCAAGAAGCUGUUUUAGCUAACGACCCAUUCUACGAUUUAGAAAUUAACGGUUCUUUUAAAAAUCGAUUAAGAUUUUUUGGGGGGGAUGAUUUUUGUUGUAAUCGAGUGAUUGGAAGAAGUGAAUAUGGCAACGUGAACAUGGAAGCAAAUACCAUAUAUGUUGAAUUAUGGCUUGUUUAAAACCGUAAUGAACGAAGAAAAACGUGAUACGAGAAUGAAAUGUAAGUUGAAAUUUAUUUUAUAUGCCUGAAAUUUUCCAUCCUAUUUUUUUAAUGCAACUUUAGCAAUAUAAGUUCAUAAUGCAAGCUUGCAAAAUUUGACAAAUUUUGAAAAUAUGUCUUGACUUUGAACUGUAUUUUCAUAAAAAUAGCCUGUGACCUCAAUUUCAGAUAUAGUUAAAUGGAAAGAAAAACCUUUUUGGCGUUUUGUAUCAAACAUAUUGUCAGGAAAAUAGGGGCUCACAAUGUUUUAGCUAUAUCUUUGAGACCCAGUUGCUUCGCACAUGUUGUGAUCAUAUUUUUGCCAAGAAUCAAAGGCCGAAAAGUGAACUUCCUUCAUGAAAACCGCCUCGAGAAGGGUCUAGUUUUAAAAUUUAGCUCUUAAUUUCCAUUUCAUGAGUAUAUUUUGGUUACAUGUUAAAUAUUUUUGUACUUGAUGAGAUUCAAAAUUUGUUGUUUAUUCAUGCCCGGCUUCAGUGUAAUUUUGGUGAUGACUGGAAAAGAAAUGAAGAUAUUUUAAAAACUGGCUGUUGCCUCAUGAUAAAACUUUCUAAAAAUGUUCUCUGUUUCAUGUAUGUUUAUUUUGAUAUCUUGGGUGUAAGCGAAAAAAUAAGGGCUCAUACAGUUUACAAGGUUAUAAAAUGCAUGACUUGUCUCUACUCAAAGUAGCAACUGUUUCAGAUCGAAUGCACAUGGACAGCACACCAGGAACAAUGGCAGGGUACUGAAAUAGAACGUCACUAAAAAAUUCUGUCUGUCAUUUAUUUUGUACUGAACAGCAAUAUUUACACAAUUGAAAAUAUUUGUAAACACACAUUGCGUGUAUUCCACAUAAUUAUUGUGUGGCUCAUUUUGCUUGUGCAUGCUCAGACAAAUUUCCCACCUGUUUUUCAGCUUGCAUUCCGACACGAGUCUAAUGUUGAUUGCAGUCAGUUGGGCUUUUCGUUCCAAUAUCUCGAUCAGGAGACACAAAGAUAAAUUGCUUCCUCCACCUGCAUGUCUGUUUAGAGCAUUGUGCCAACCCUCAAUAUCAUUAUUGGUCUGAAAAGCUUCCUGGUAAAUGCUCCAGUUUCUGGGAGGAAAUGUUUUGCUUUCGAUCCACUGCUUCUUGACGUACUCUACCAACUUUGAAAGAGGUGGAUUUUGAGCCAGUUGACUUAGUGUGGUGAAGAUUGGCUGGAUCUGAUUAAAUAUUUAUAAUUGAAUAUCUUAAAUAUUUAUAAUUGAAUCUAUGUAACAAAAGAAUCUAAAUUAAAAUCAUGGAAAAUUAUCUCAAGUCCUGUCAUAUUAAAGCAUGACUAUUUGAUAAUUUUCUCUUGACUAUUUUUUCCACUCCAAUUUAGUGCCUACUUGUUACUAACAUCAACAAUUCCAUGAAGAAAUUUGUAUAAUUGCCAUGUAAAGUCCGUUCAGAUGGGUAAUAACAAAUUAUAUUUUCUGAAUUUUAUAGACGGCAUUAUAAAGCUUAAUUAUUUUAAAGAAAGAGCCUGGGUCCAGUGGAAAACACAUCCUUGCAGUUUUACAUCUGGUAAAAUAGAUCUGCAGGCUUUCCAUAACACAGUUUUGAAGUCCAGGGUGAUCUUACUUACAUGUGGGUCCAUUGGCAGAAUAUCAAUAAUCUCUUUCAAUACCUAUCUGAGAGUUGAAAAUUGUAAGACAAAGCAGAGUGACUAAACCCAAUCAAGGAAUAAACCCAAUUAAAAUUCGAGUCAACUAGAUAUAUUUCAAAAAAUUGAUCAAUUUUAUUUUUAUAACAUUUUGUAAAGUUUAAAGAAUUGACUCAGUUAAAAUGUUGUUUUAUCCUACUUAAAUUAACUCAUGUAUGCACGAAUCGGGAGUCAACUUAAAUAAUCAAAAGACGGCGUGGAAACCAUCUUAUAUAUGAAAGUGAAAUUAACAUAACAUUGCAUCUUUAGAGAUUAUAUUAAUGUAUUCUCAUUGCUGAUACCAACUAUUCCCUCAUUCCAUUAAUUUACACUGCCUAAUGCAGACGAUUUUAGUUGACUGCCACUCAGGAUAAAAUCAUAAUCAGCCAAUUAUUCAAGGAAUAAACCCAAGAUUUUGCACUCAACUACCGGGUGGCCCAAAAAAAAGUACUCCUGUUUGAUUCGUAAUAACAUCUAAACAAGUAUAGCUUUUAAAGACAAAUAACUUGCAUCAAAUAGAGGAAGGACUAACUUAGACUUUGAUAUAUUACAGUUGUAUUUCACUUAAAAAUUCACGGAGAUAUUAAUCUUUAAAUUCGGGAGGAUAUUUCUGGAUGUGUCUGAAAUAUGCAAAAAUCGGCGUAUCAAAUAUUAAUCAAGAUUUGCCCGACUGAAACAUGCACUAUUACCAGUAAAUAAAUGACACUUGACAAAUUGUUUAUUAUGAAACAAAGUAUUAUUAUAUCUACAAAAUACAAGCAAGAUUCAUUCGUCCGAAAUUCGCGUGUGUUCCUAGCACGUUUAAGAAUACGAAAAAUUUAAGCGCCUGCCUUCCAUGGUCAGUCUUUCAUGUACAUUUAAGUUUGCAAAGACCUAAUAUUAAAUACUUGCAUAAUUUCGAACGUUCAUAUUUCAGGAAACAAUGAGCUAAGACUUACAUGUAAGAUGUCUAAAUCUACGCCAUAUCCCUUACAAACCUUAACGAUAAUUCGCUGAAAUACAAGUUAGCCUAAUAUGUCAUUAAGCAAACAAACGCAGGAGUUAAUAUUUGAUAUGCCGAUUUUCGCUAAUUUUAGACACAUUCCAAAAUAUGCUCCCCAUUUUUAACAUUAAUAUCUCCGUGAAUUUUUAAGUUAAAUACAACUGUAAUAUAUCAAAAUCUAAGUUAGUCCUUCCUCUAUUUAAUGCAAGUUAUUUCUCUUUAAAAACUUUACUUGUUUAGAAGUUAUUACGAAAUUUUUUUUGGGCCACCCGGUAUAUAUGGAACAAUAAGUAGUGAUACUCUGAAAGAGUGCUAAAGAUACUGUUCUUCAACAUUGACAUCGGUCAUUGAUAUAUAGGGUUCACUUUCACUAGCGUUCGCUCAGAGCCCUUCUUACGCUCGGUUAGCAAGUGCAAAAAAUUGCAAUAGUUUGAUUUUACCAAACACCAUACUAUUACAGUGAUAGAUUUGCAACAGUUUUUGUGUUGUUAUUGCUGUAAGUGUACAGCAUGUGCAUCCAGCAUCUUGCUACAACUCCAUUUGAUUAGUUCCCUAAAUAGCACACACUCCAAAAAUACAAAACGUUGUUUCAAAACGUUUUGACAGAUUUGUUGUGGCCAAUCAGAUGCCUAAAUGAUAUUGUUUUUGCCAGAGCCCCUCAUCCUAUUUACAAUAGAUUGCAUAUUGCUCGAAUCACCUUUCAAUACACCCAUUUUAUCACACCAAGAGGGAUAUUAAGAGUGUACAAUUUUUGGACUAGUAAGUGGUGAUCAUUCAAGUUGAAAGUCGAACAGGGCUAAUCGAGCAAGGCACCCAUUACCAUCUGUAACACUUGUGAGUACACUAAUCAAAGCAUGAGUUGUAUUUCCCUUAUUAUUGUAUUUUUUUACAAAUAUUGUAUAUUUGUAGGGAGAUACACUGGGCUGUAUAAUAACUGGAGGAUCUGCUCCUAUACUUACUACACAAUAGAGAAUUAAGCGUCACGUUUAAUGACAAACAUCAAAUAUCUAGAAAGAGUUAAAAGUUCAUUCAACAAAAACCCAAAGUUUUUCUGGAGCUACCAUAAAGCUAUUCUACACCAUAAGGAACAACACAACGCGGUUGUUACUUACAAAGAUAUUACAGCCAAAAUUCCAGCAGACAAAGCUGAACUUUUUAAUUCAUACUUCUCAUCUGUGUUUGUACCAUCAAAAUCUGACACUGACAAUAACUUAGACUCUUUUGAUCCUGAUACCCAAAUAUCUGAUAUAACCUUAACAACAGAAGAAGUUGCUGUGUGUCUAUAUAAUCUGGAUGUCUCUAAGGCAAGCGGCCCAGAUGGCAUUCCAGCAAGAAUUCUAAAGGAAUGUAGCCACCAAAUAGCACCUAGCAUUUGUGACGUGUUCAAUCAUUCACUACGCACUGGAUGCCUUCCCUCCCCAUGGAAAUCAGCUGAUGUUAGACCCAUUCACAAGAAAGACCUUAAAGAGCCCGUUGAAAAUUACAGACUGAUUUCCCUCCUGCCUAUCAUCAGCAAAGUUUUGGAACGUUGUGUUUCCAGGAGAUUCUACGAUCACAUCAUUCACCUCGUCCCACCAUCACAACAUGGUUUUCUUAGAAAUCGUUUGUGUGUCACUCAGCUUGUCCAAGUUCUUCACUCUGUUGGUCAGUGUCUUGACAAAAACAUUCAGUCUGAUAUAAUUUACCUUGACUUUGCCAAAGCGUUUGAUUCUGUUGUAGAUCAUCAAAUACUUCUAAGAAAACUCAAGUCAUAUGGCAUUACAGGCGUCUUCUCGACUAGUUUUGUGAUUAUUUAAGCGGAGUUGUUGUAGAAGGUGUCCCAUCAAGCUGGGUUUCUGUUAUCUCCGGUGUGCCACAAGGGAGUAUCAUGGGUCCGAUACUUUUUGCUGUCCUCAUAAACGAUCUUCCAGACGUAAAAUCCAAUGACUCUUUGGAAGCUAUGUACGCUGAUGAUACAAAGUUGUUUAGAAACAUCAACUCUAUGACUGACGGUGAUCGCCUACAAGAAUCUUUAUCCAACUUGACACGUGGAGCCAUGAUAAUAACAUCAAGUUCAACAAAUUAA